AUGGAGGCCGAGGCAGGCGGCCUGGAGGAGCUGACGGACGAGGAGAUGGCGGCGCUGGGCAAGGAAGAGCUAGUGCGGCGCCUGCGGCGGGAGGAGGCGGCGCGCCUGGCGGCACUGGUGCAGCGCGGCCGCCUCAUGCAGGAGGUGAAUCGGCAGCUGCAGGGCCACCUGGGCGAGAUCCGCGAGCUCAAGCAGCUCAACCGGCGUCUGCAGGCAGAGAACCGAGAGCUGCGCGACCUCUGCUGCUUCCUGGACUCGGAGCGCCAGCGCGGGCGGCGCGCCGCGCGCCAGUGGCAGCUCUUUGGGACCCAGGCAUCCCGGGCCGUGCGCGAGGACCUGGGCGGCUGUUGGCAGAAGCUGGCCGAGCUGGAGGGCCGCCAGGAGGAGCUGCUGCGGGAGAACCUGGCGCUUAAGGAGCUCUGCCUGGCGCUGGGCGAAGAAUGGGGCCCCCGCGGCGGCCCCGGCGGCGCAGGGGGCUCAGGAGCCGGGCCAACACCCGAGCUUGCCUUGCCUCCGUGCGGGCCCCGCGACCUAGGCGAUGGAAGCUCCAGCACUGGCAGCGUGGGCAGUCCGGAUCAGUUGCCCCUGGCCUGUUCCCCCGAUGACUGAAGGCACUGCUUCCUCCACGCCGACGCCCGCCCGGAUUGCUCCCCGAGCCCCGGGACCGCUGUGGACCUCGGGACUGGACGCCGUCCUGGCUGCGCGGGAGGGGCCGCUGGCAUGGACUAAGAAAUCCUGACACCAAGAGGGGCCCCUAGCUCUUGCUGGCAGGGCAGCAGGGGGACUGAAGGCUGGAACAGAGGGACUUGCUGGGGGUUGGAUUGGGGGUAAUAAACCCGGACGGAAGCGGA